AUGCAAAGACUCGGAAAAACAACAAAUAUUCUCAUCAACAGUAUUGCUCGCGGAUCUGCCAAGAGAGCCUUUUCUUCAUCUAGUAAAUUUUUCACUGCUACUAGUGAACCAUGUGGAUAUCCUGGUGCUGUUAAUGCUACAUUGACUCAUGAUCUUAAAUUCAGAUCAAGUAUGAAUGAAGACGGUACACCAUUCCCAAUUUUCAACAUCAUGUCCAAGGAUGGUGAAAUUGUCAAUGAAAAGGCUUUCAAGGAAAUUGAUUACACAAAUGAAGAUUUAGUUAACAUGUACAAAACCAUGAUUCGUUUGGAAACUAUGGAUGAUAUUUUAUAUAAUGCUCAACGUCAAGGACGUGUUAGUUUUUACAUGACUAAUUAUGGUGAAGAAGCACUUCAAAUUGGAUCAGCAAGUGCACUCUCACGUGAUGAUACAAUUUUUGCUCAAUAUCGUGAAGCAGGUGUUUUAAUGCAUCGUGGAUUUACUCUUGAUAAUUUCCUUAAUCAAUGCUUCUCAACAAUUGAAGAUUUUGGAAAAGGUAGACAAAUGCCAGUUCACUACGGAUCAAAGGAAUUGAAUUUCCAAACAAUUUCAUCACCACUUGCCACACAAAUUCCACAAGCUGCAGGUGCAGGUUAUGUUUAUAGAAUUCAAGGAAAGGAAAAUGUUUGUGUUUGUUACUUUGGUGAAGGUGCUGCUAGUGAAGGUGAUUUCCAUGCUGCUUUGAAUUUUGCAUCAACUUUGAAUUGUCAAACAAUUUUCAUUUGUCGUAAUAAUGGUUAUGCAAUUUCAACUCCAACUCGUGAUCAAUAUCAUGGUGAUGGUAUUGUUGCUAGAGGUAUUGGUUAUGGUAUUCCAUCUAUUCGUGUUGAUGGUAAUGAUUUAUUUGCUUCAUACUUGGCAACAAAGAAGGCUCGUCAAUUGAGUAUAGAAUCAAAGGGACCAGUUCUUAUUGAAUUUAUGACUUAUCGUGCUGGUCACCAUUCUACUUCGGAUGAUGCUUCUCGUUAUAGAUCUAAUGAAGAAUUAUCUAAAUGGAGAAAUGAACAAAAUCCAAUUAUUCGUUUCCGUAAAUAUUUAGAAAAGAAUCAAUUGUGGAAUGAAGAAAUGGAAAAGACUGAACGUGAUACUAAUAGAAAGACUGUCUUGUCGUUGUUGGCAAAGGUUGAACAUGCUCCAAAACCACAUCUUGAUGAAUUAGUUUUGGAUGUUUUCGAUCAAGUUCCUCAACAUUUACAACAUCAAAGAGAAUGGACUGAAAAUAUUGUUAAGAAAUAUCCAGAAGCUUUUGAAGGUCAUUAA